CCGCAGCCCCUGCAGUGGGCAUCAUGGCCGUGGGCGUGGCAGAGUACCACCUGAGCGUCAUCAAGAGCCCCCCCGGCUGGGAGGUGGGCGUCUACGCCGCGGGGGCCCUGGCGCUGCUGGGAGUGGCCGCGGUGAACCUGUGGAAGCUCUGGACAUCGGGGACUUUCCCCAGCCCCUCCCCAUUCCCCAACUAUGACUACAGGUACCUGGAGCAGAAGUACGGCGAGACCUACGCCCAGGCCAGGCAGAAGAGAGCACCUGCCUGGACGGCCCAGCGGGUCAGCGCUCGGGGACCACCCAGCCGCAAAGGCAGCCUGGGCGUUGAGGACACCUUCGACAGCAUCAGCGAGCUGGGGCCCCUGGAGCUGAUGGGCAGGGAGUUGGACCUGGCCCCCUACGGGGCCCUGCGGAAGUCCCAGUCGGCAGACUCCCUCAACUCCAUCUCCUCCGUGAGCAACACCUUCGGGCAGGACUUCACGCUGGGCCAGGUGGAAGUGAGCAUGGACUACGAUGCAGCCUCACACACCCUCCACGUGGCCCUACUGCAGGGCAAGGACCUCCUGGAGCGAGAGGAGGUCAGCUUCGAGUCCUGCUUCAUGCGCGUCAGCCUGCUGCCCGAUGAGCGGAUUGUGGGCAUUUCCAGGAUCCAGAGGAACGCCUACUCCAUCUUCUUCGACGAGAAGUUCUCCAUCCCCCUGGACCCCGCGGGCCUCGAGGAGAAGAGUCUGCGCUUCUCUGUGUUCGGCAUCGAUGAGGACGAGCGCAAUGUCAGCACCGGGGUGGUGGAGCUGAAGCUCUCUGUGCUGGACCUGCCGCUGCAGCCCUUCCGGGGCUGGCUAUACCUCCAGGAUCAGAACAAGGCCGCCGACGCUGUGGGUGAGAUCUUGCUGUCCCUCAGUUACCUCCCUACGGCCGAGCGGCUCACAGUGGUGGUGGUAAAGGCCAAGAAUCUCAUAUGGACCAACAACAAGACCACAGCUGACCCCUUCGUCAAGGUGUACCUGCUGCAGGACGGGAGGAAGAUGAGCAAAAAGAAGACGGCCGUGAAGCGGGACGACCCCCACCCCGUGUUCAACGAGGCCAUGAUCUUCUCCGUGCCCGUCAUGGUGCUCCAGGACCUGUCUCUCCGCGUGACGGUGGCUGAGAGCAGCAGCGAUGGCCGUGGGGACAACGUGGGUCACGUUAUCAUCGGGCCAGCGGCCAGUGGCAUGGGCAUCACACACUGGAACCAGAUGCUGGCCACACUACGCAGGCCCGUGUCCAUGUGGCACUCCGUCCGGCGAAACUAGUGGCCGGGAUGGGCCCAGACAGGCACUGGAGCCACCCUAAGCCUGAUGCCAAAUCCUCUUCAUCCUGCAUCCUCCGUUGUCCAGCUGGAGCUCAAGCACCAGAGUGACUUGGCAGAGUCCCCGAGGGUCAGCAAGGUCCUUCUGCCCCGACUGCAGGGGACGCACUGCCCUGGCUACCUGUCCAGGGACCCAGUGUUCUCCCUCACAAUGACCAGCUGUAGCUGGGCCAGGCCUGGAAAGGGUGACCAAGCAAAGAGGCCGACCCUUGUCAGUUUUACUACCACACUGAGGUCCCUAAAGGGUCUGUCCCUCUAUCUAGGAGGUAGACCUGGCCUCUGCCCUCUCUCCACUCUGCCUGGGAACUAAGCCACCAACCAAGCUGGCUGUGCACAAGGAACUGGGCGAGCCUCGGGGACCAUGUCUGUCCUGGGUACUGGCGGGAUGAUAUGAACCCGAGAGCCCCUGCCACCGAGGGAUGUCAGCAGGAUCUGCUCCGUGCUGGAUGGCAGCCCUGCCAUGCAGACUCAGGGAGCUCUGAAGGCCAGCAGGCGGGCACAAGGAUGCCCCCUGUGCUGUCAAGGAAAAGAGAUAAGCGCAUCGCAGGCAAGGGGCCUACCUGAACCAGGGCAGGAGCAUGAACGUGGACAGAGCCCCUGCAGGGAUAGCAGGAUGGACUUCCCAUCCCAGAUGCAGCAGGCAGACCCCUUCUAGGGACACCAGCCUCUCCCUGGCCCCCCACUAUCCCUGUUCCUGGUGGCUCAGCGUGGAGAGCAGCCUCAGAGGCACUCUCUCUGAGACCUGCUCUUCUGACCCCACUGAGGGGUCUUCAGAACAAAUAGAGGGGUCCCAGCAGAACAAGCCUCCAGGGACCCCGUGACGGGAGAAGGCAUCACUGGCAGCACACUUCUGGGAGACUUGGUGGAGCAGGGCCGUGAGGGCAGGGCUCAGCCUGAGUGGCAGCAAUGAGGAGGGACUGCUGGGGCUCUCCCUUCUGCAGCAUGAUGGGAACCCAGGGCAGCUUGAGGGACAGCCCUGGAGGCAUCACAGGCCAGACUGGGCAGGAGAGGCUCUGAGCCCCCUUGGUCAGGCUUCCAAACAUUAUCUAAGGUGUGGGUUCAGGCAAGUAAUUGUGGGGGGCACCCUUGGGAGCAACCAGAGAGGAAAGGGAGGCAGGCAGGCGGGGACACGCAUUGGGCAAACGUUGGUUUCAGGAGGGUCUGGCCCAGCCGCUCACUGGGGCUGUCCUGUCCAGAAGCCAAGGGGCUGGGCUGUGGCAGCAGGUGGGGACCUGGCCUCACUGGGCAGCACCCAGAGGUCAGCUGGCCCAGGCAGCAUAGACUGGACAAGGGAAGCUGUGCUGGACAGCCUGGGGCUCCUCCCAGCCGGCUGCCCAGUGACGUAUAGGCCUCUCACUGCAUGCAGGCGCGCGCUGCACACCAGAAGGGCAUGGCGGGGACCUGGUGGGCUUCCUGGAAUUGCUUCUAGAACUCAAAUAAAGUCGGAGCAGGAAGGAGGGGGCUGCCUUGGCCCAGA